AUGUUCCGUGCGAUUCUUUCCGUUUUCAAUCCACUGGUUUAUGUACUUAGUGUUUGUUUUCAAACAACUCUUAUAUAUACAAUUAUUCGUCAUUCGCCAAAAAACUUAUCAACUUUAAAAAUCAUUCUAUUAAUUAAUUGUUUCUCUCAAUCAAUUCAAUCGUCAAUGGCUUUUAUUACGCAAAUACGAUAUGUAAGUAAUCUUGUUCCAUUGCAACUUUGGAGCUACGGACCAUGCAGACAUUUUGAAGCGUUCAUUUGUUACUCAAUGAUGCAUGUUCUUCAAACGAGUUCUUUGAUAAGUGGAUGGACAGUUUUCUUAACAACUUUCAUGAAAUAUCAAGCAGCAAAGCACGUUGUUCUUCCAAAAAAGAAUAUUUGGAUUGUAAUUUGUGUUAUUUUUGCAAUUAUUUCGGUUUCAGUGGCUUGUGAAAUAUAUCUGAUCAUUAUUCAAGCUCUACCUCAAGAUAUCCGCAAGAGUUACGAAUCUAUUAAUAAAAAUUUAGAGGAAUACUCUGUGAUUGGAAUAAUGAAUUACUCCUUUUUACCUAGUUCUAUUAAUGGUGUAAUCGUGAAUGGAUUAGUUGUAGUUGUACCAAUUUCAUGUCUAACGUUAAGAAGGAAAAUAUUCAAGCUUCUCAGUGGUCCUAACAAGUCUUCCGAUACUUUGUACUUGCAAAACCGGAUUUUUCUUCAGGGUCUCACUUUUCAAAUCUUUGGUCAUAUCCUGGUUUACGUUCCGAUUUACAUUUGUACAUUCAUCAGCUUUAUCACAAAAACAGAAUAUACAUUUUCACAGUUUUUCAUCUUCGUUCUUCCUAGUCUAACAACAGUCGUGGACCCAGUUAUCACAAUGUAUUUUGUGACGCCUUAUAGGAAGAAACUGUUGUGUUGGAUGCGUUCAGCCCAGAAUAAAGUUUUCUCUGCAUCUGGAUCCACGUUUGCGGUAUCUAUUAUUAAUUGA